AGAAGGAGGCGGGCAGGCAGGCGGGCGCGGGGGUCGGGGACUGAGGCAGUAGAGAGGCGAGAGCCCGGCAGCCGCUUCGCGCUGUGUUUGCUGCGCGGGCUUUUGGAGGGGGCGGCCGUUGAGUCGGUCCAGGAGAAGCGGGCACCGGCGGCGUUGGUAUUGGCGCCUGGGGGCGGGGGACUGGGGCGGCGAGAAGGGGGGGUCGCUGCGGUGGUUCUCUCGCUGUCGCACCCUCCCUGCCUUUCUCGCCGCUCGGUGGGCUGCCCCCCGGCGUGUCACUCGCCUCCGGGGCCCCGCUCCCCGCCCCCCGCGGUAUGUCUUGAUCCCGAGCAGCGGGUUUCAUGGGGCUCCUUAGGAUUAUGAUGCCGCCCAAGUUGCAGCUGCUGGCGGUGGUGGCCUUCGCAGUGGCGAUGCUCUUCUUGGAGAACCAAAUCCAGAAACUGGAGGAGUCCCGAUCAAAGCUAGAAAGGGCAAUUGCAAGACAUGAAGUUCGAGAAAUUGAGCAGCGACAUACGAUGGAUGGCCCUCGGCAAGAGGCCACGCUGGAUGAGGAAGAGGACAUGGUGAUCAUUUAUAACAGAGUCCCCAAAACUGCAAGCACUUCCUUUACCAAUAUUGCCUAUGAUCUGUGUGCAAAGAAUAAGUAUCAUGUUCUUCACAUCAACACUACCAAAAAUAAUCCAGUGAUGUCACUACAAGACCAGGUACGCUUUGUAAAGAAUAUAACUUCCUGGAAAGAGAUGAAACCAGGGUUUUAUCAUGGACAUGUUUCUUAUUUGGAUUUUGCAAAAUUUGGUGUGAAGAAGAAGCCAAUUUACAUUAAUGUCAUAAGGGAUCCUAUCGAGAGGCUAGUUUCUUACUAUUACUUUCUGAGAUUUGGAGAUGAUUAUAGACCAGGGUUAAGAAGACGAAAACAAGGAGACAAAAAGACCUUUGAUGAAUGUGUGGCUGAGGGCGGCUCAGACUGUGCUCCGGAGAAGCUCUGGCUUCAAAUCCCGUUCUUCUGUGGCCACAGCUCGGAAUGCUGGAAUGUGGGAAGCAGGUGGGCUAUGGAUCAAGCCAAGUAUAACCUAAUUAAUGAAUACUUUCUGGUGGGAGUCACUGAAGAACUUGAAGAUUUUAUCAUGUUGCUGGAGGCAGCUUUGCCCCGGUUUUUCAGGGGCGCUACAGAACUCUACCGGACAGUAGGAAAGAAAUCUCAUCUUAGGAAAACCACAGAGAAGAAACUCCCAACUAAACAAACCAUUGCAAAACUGCAGCAAUCUGACAUUUGGAAAAUGGAGAACGAGUUCUAUGAAUUUGCCCUGGAGCAGUUCCAGUUCAUCAGAGCCCACGCUGUACGGGAAAAAGACGGGGACCUCUACAUCCUCGCACAAAACUUUUUCUAUGAAAAGAUUUACCCUAAGUCGAACUGAGUACAAGGUGUGACUGUUAGGUUCUUGAACUAAAACUUCAACCUUGUCUUCACCUCAGCCCCACAACCCGGGUUGCUGAUGGGUGUGAGAGACAGUGUGUGUUGAGCCGAGUUAGGGAGCAGUUAACACCCGGGAAGUAGAUGCUGGCUGGUAGGUUUCAGUGGCCUCAGAGGUUUCCGUUUCAGCCUUUUUUUCCUUUUCUUCCUCUUUUUUCUUCUUCUUUUUUCCUGGUUAAAUUUUGGUGGGAGUUAUAACCUCCUGCCUAGAAAAAGCCUACACAUCGUCUAAAAUUAACACAUAGCGGGUCUAAUUGGAGGCUAAAUACAAUUUCAAACAUAAGUUCUGAUAGUGUCUUUUGGACAAAACAUUUUUUUCCCAGUAACCAUGAAUGAAGAUUAAUCCAUUUGCUGCUUCCACCUUCACCUGGAGGUUUUGGGUCAUACACCUCUACUGAAUAGUGUUACUGUUUGGCAGUGUGUGCUUUGUUUUUGUGAAUCAUGUCUCAUGAAACUUAUUGGAGUGUUUGAUCCUGUUUGCUAAGAAUGUUUCUGCCGUAGUUGGAAUUGCCCACAUUUAUGUAGGUCGUUUUAAUAUUCUUUGAAAAAACUGAUCAUUAGUGUUAAAAACCAAUUUUAAAAGAGUCAAAGCAGUAUUUCUGAUUCGUGUCUUUCUAGUAUCUAAGACUGGGGAGACACUUCAAGGAAUGUUGACAUUGUCUGGAGUUUCAGUUAAGGCUUCCACACAUUCAUGUCAGAAAAGUAAGUUUAGUAUUUGUUCCUCCAUGGGUUAUUUGUAGAGCAUAUACUGACAUAUUGGUGAUUCCAUAUUAUAACUCCAUUAGUGAGCUGUGGUAUGGGUAGGAUUUUCCUACUUCUUCUGUACUUUUACUUGUAGACUAUUUUUACUAAGGUGCUUUAUAAUGUGUUUUAAAGCAUUGCAUUUACAAAAAAAAGAAAAAAGAAAAGAAAAGAAAGGAAAAUGCUGUAAAUACCGCAUAUUUUAUGUAUUUGGACCAAAUGGUUAUAAGUUAAUUAGGUAAAAGUGGUUUUGCACCAGUUUUAUUAUGUCAAGUAAAAUCAUCAGACCUACUGUUCUUGUAGUUCUCAAUUAACUUUACUGUUAGACGUCACUGAAAUGGACUUCGGUAACCUUUCAAUUUUGAUACACAGAACAUUAUUCAUAAUUGGGGUCAGUAAUUCAAGUGGGAAGAGUAGUGGCCAAGGAGUCAGAAAACCUGAUUUCUGGUCCUGGCUCUGCCACUUAUCAGCUGUGUGAUCUUGGGUAAGUCACUUAACCUCUCUUUGCCUCAAUUUCCUCAUCUUGAAAUGAGGAGACUAAUAUCUGCUGUACCUACCUCACAGGGGUGUUGUGAGGAAUAAAUGAGACGGCACAUGAAAGCACUUUGGAAUCUGCUAAUGCGCUGUAGAAACGUAAGGGGUGAUGGAAACAUCGAUCACGUACAGUUCCGUACCAUUCAUUUUUUAACUAAGGGAAAAGUCCACUUCUAAGCUGGUGGAAAAAAACGGUUAAUUUUGGUAUAAAUAUGUGUUUGAUAAAUAUCUUCUCUAUUUUAUCUUCCCUGUUUCAACAAUUAUGGAAAUACGAAACACCUGUGAACUCUUAAAGAUACAUGAACAGCUGCUUGAGUUCAGAAGGUUCCCUGUUUGAAAAAGACUUCAUUAGCUGACUCAGGGCAGGGGAAAAUAUGCUCUUCAAAUUUGAGAGAUUGGUCUGUUUUUAUUUUACGUUACCGUUCAGAAAUGGUAGCUAUUUUGUACCUCUGGUUUUUAAGGUAUAUUUUGCAAAGUUUAAUUUCCCUGUACCAUCUUAAAGUAACAGAUAAAGUAUUUUAGGAAUAUUUUCUAAAAGAAUAAUCUUUACUAUGUUUAAUUUAAAUAAAUACUUUUCCUGAACAAGACCUCACCAAACUAGGUAAAUAAACAUUUUUAGGUAGGCUGCUUUAAUUGUAUGGGAGGUGAGGAGGGAGCAUGAUUUACAAAAAAAAAAAAAAAAAAAAACCACCAAAUGUAAAGAAAAGCUGAAGGAAGUUGGCAGAAAGAAUCGUUUUAGUACCCACCCCACCCCACCCGCGUAACAGGAAAACAUUAAGAGAACAUCGACAGGCAUACUGUUCUUAUUUGGCUUUCAUGUGUGUGUGUGUGUAUUUAUUAACUUUUACGGAUAUUUAUUGAAAAUCUAUACAAAUUAUUCCCUCACCCAAAAGGCAAGCACCACUUGAAGGGUGGGGUGUUUGACAUUUAAUCUGCUAAGGAGCCCCCAGUAUGCAGGUUAUUCUUGGAGGACAUGCUAAAAUCUUGAGGUGCAUUGGUUCUUAGGAAACGAGAGUACACGUGGUGCCCUACAUCAUGGGUUCAGUAAACUCUUCCUACAAAGGUCCAGAGGGUAACUCUUCUAGGCGUUGUUGUCUAUACAGUCUCUUUCAAACUACUCAUCUCUGUCAUUUGAACACAAAAGCAGCUAUAGACAUCACAUACAUGAGUGAGCACGGCUGAUUUCCAAUAAUACUUUAUUACCAAGACAGGUUUGAUAUGCCAGAUAGGGACCAUGGGUUGUAGUUUACCAACCCCUGUAAUAGAUCAGUAUAUAUGGAGACAUCAUUUUUUAAGUCUAUUCUAGUGACCUAAAAGAGUUUAUAUACUUCUAGAAGCUCCUAACUUCUAUCCAAAGAAUAGCUUUCUCAUUCAGGCGGUCUCUCCCACAGAUUCAUGAACUUUUAUGACUUAGAUUGCUUCCAGGUGGGCAUGUUUUCUUUCCCAGUUUAACAGUUCAUAAGAGAGGCAUGUAUUCUAUCAUCUUGUAAGAUGGGUUAGGGAGUAUCCUUCCUGGAGAGGGAGCAGGGGUUAGAUUGAAUUCUGUCUGGCCCAGUACAGUCCUGGGAGUCACGAGUGCAGAGUCCUCAUGAUACCUAACUUUAUAAUUUAAAAAAACAAAAACAAAAACAAAAACAAGACACACUGAGACAAUAAUGUAUUUUUUAAAAGUGGCAAAUGUGGUUUUCUUUUUUCAGCUUUUGCGCUUUUUCAGUAUUUUGACCAUAGGGAUUUUUUUUUAUAUAUAUAUAAUACAAAAGCAAAUUAACCACUCUGAAUUUUAAAAGAUGACGUUAUGUGUGUAUGUGUGUGUGUGUGUGUGUGUGUAUACAUAUGUUUAUUUCCUAAAAGAGGAAAAAGUACUUUUUUUGUUCACCUUGUAUCAGCUCCUGUUUUCUAAUUGCUGUGAAAUGGCAACUGUUGAUAAAUUAUUGUGACUGUUUUAAAAUGUAAUCAGGAGGAUAUAUUUUGAUUUUACGGAGCUUUAAUCUGUAAAGUAUCACUUAAAUAUAUCGGAUAGCAACACUUAAAACAUUGCAUGGGGCUUACUUUUCUAUCAUCUGUACCCAUUUGUGCAACUUUGAACAUAUUGGGUGCUUCUGAAUUCUUGAUGAUUGGGCUUAAAUUAUUGAAAGUCAGAGAACUUAAACUUACUGACUUUUAAACUUUAAAUUUUAUGUUCUAUUCUUAAAAUUCAGUUAAUGCCUAUAAUUUGAAAUCUGUUGUUGGUCUUUCUCAAUACUCUGUCCUAUCAAAUUCCUAAAAUUGUUAGUGCCAUCAGUGAUUUACAAACAGUAUUUUGAUAUUGCAGAUGAUUUGCUCAUUGUAUUUGCAUAGUUAGAAAGAAAAUAGUUUGUAGACAAUUAUUCUCUUUUUCUAAUAAAAUGAAAUAAAAAUGAUUAAAAGCACUAGAGAAUUUAAAGGCUGGUUCCCAAGUGCAUAAGCUGGUAUUUUAAUUUAUAUUCAGAUUCCACAUAGAGAACAUCUGUGUAAGCUAUCUCUCUGGGUUUUCCCAUUGAUCAUUCUCAAACACAUCUAUGGUCCUAGAAGCCUUUAUUCUGAGAAGUAGCAUGCUAUACAGUACUGUAACCUUGUAUGAAGUUGGUCUGUAAGAGGCCCAGGUGCUUCUACUUUAUGAUUUGAAAAUUUGCUCUCCAUAAAUUAGUGCUAUUUACUUUGAGAGGAUGCAGGGCAAUUUCUGCGAAAUGUUUGCAUCCAUUUACCCUAUGCAGAAUUGCUGUACCCUGCCAACCAGACUGCUGCUCAGGCAGCCUUUUGAAGGAAGAGCAUCCCUGUUUCAAAUGCACUGCCAAUUCAGCUCCUCUGGAGUGGAGCUUACUUUCUGAUUUCCCGCAGUGGGAAUUUUGGAGAUUGAAAUAGGCUAUCAGUUAGUCAGAUUUAUCCUAUAAUUUAAGUUCAUGCAGCUUUGUGACCUUUGCAGUACUAUUUAUAGAAGGACCCUGAUGGUGACGAUCUCUUUAAAACACAUUACUGGUGAGCCUGUGAUUUAGACCCACUGGUGCCGUCUAUCUGAUUUUUUAGACAGCUUCCCCAGCUUUCUGUUGAGAGUCAGUUACAUGAGCAGCUCUAAAGCAAUGUUGGAUGUAAUUUUGAGAAACAUGGGUUGUCUAUUUUGACUUUUAUUUUAUGAAUACUACAGACAGCUACACAGUGCCUUCCCCCCCUCACAGUCCAUGUUGGAAGAUGCUCACUCCUUCCUCGGUCUCAGCUCUUCCUCUCUUCUCCCUCCUCCCCCAUUCACUUGAUUCAUUUAUGCAAUACUGUUUCCAACUUGAAACCAUUUUGUCACAUCUGUUGGAGAGAUAAUCAUUCCUUUUCCUUAACAUUCUGCCAGCUUUCUGUUGUUGAAGUGUUUCAGUUGAUUACCUGAUGCAAAUGCUAUAAAAUAAACACUCAGUGGGAAGGGGAAAAA